AUGGCCUCCCUCACUCUCACUGAGGCCCCCCACCAGCAUCAGCAAAUUGCCUGGGCAGGACAGUCAGGCUAUCCUGGGGCAAAAUAUUGCUGUGUGUGCAGCUACUCUGUCCGUGUGAAGCCCUCCACGGCCUGCAGCCAGCCAGACUGUCCAAACCUGGCCUGCGCAGACUGCUUCAAUGAAGGCCCUUUCUGCUGCUCCACGACUGAGGGACUGAGGCGAGCAGCCGGCAUUCCUCACCCCGUCACCUACGCGGCCGCUGAAGAUACACCGCCCAGCACGCCAGCAGCCCCCCAGCCCGACCCGCUCGCCCCACAACCACCAAUUGAAACGGAGGACAGCGCCGUCAGGGAGGAUCUUCUCUCCAACCCGCCUGAAGGCCUUGUUGACAUCAUUCUCCGACUAAGGAAUGAGGUACACGGCCUUAAGUGCAUUGUGGAGACAUAUCGGGCGCGGAGUGAAAGAACGAGGAAACAAAGAGAAGCCUUGGUUGAAACCGUCAGCUCCAUGGACUCCCUGGCACAAGCUGAACAGGAAACCCCCAUCCCUCCCCCCACCACACAAGCCACAAGUGCCCUGCCAAGUAAAAUUGACCAGGACUGGCAGGAGGUGUGCUCCUCCCACCCCAGGUGGCGCGGCUGGUGGGAAUCAGGGAAGCCUAGAGCACUGAGGAAGGGUCGUCCCUACACUAACGUAUACUUAAUCUGCCUCCCCCUCACCCCAUCUUUCCUUUCCCCCAGGACGGUGUCGUCAGCGGGGGUCCUGGGCGCCCACCUGCUGUGCUCGCGGGUGCCCGGCCUCACGCCCCGCCAGAGCCGCAUCUGUACGCGGGCGCCUGACGCCAUGGUGGCCAUCAGUGAAGGUGCGAGGGCGGGCCUGCGAGAGUGCCAGCGGCAGUUCCAGCAUCAUCGGUGGAGCUGUUCCCUGGCGUCUACCAGCAGCAGCGCGUUCGGCCACAUCGUUCUUGUGGGGAGCCGCGAGGCCGCCUACACGUACGCGGUGACCAGCGCGGGAGUCACCCACAGCGUCACGACCGCCUGCUCCCGUGGCAACAUCUCCACCUUUGGCUGUGACGACCGCAGGCGAGGGCGGUACAGUUCUUCCGGGUGGAAAUGGGGCGGCUGCAGCGCCGACAUUAGGUUCGGGGUCAGGUUCGCGAAGAAGUUCCUGGACGCCCGCGAGGUGGAGGGGGGCGGCCGCGCCCUCAUGAACCUGCACAACAACCGGGCGGGACGCAGGGCGGUGCGGAGCGGGAUGAGGACGGAGUGCAAGUGCCACGGCGUGUCGGGCUCCUGCACCGUCAAGACCUGCUGGAAGACCCUCCCGCCCUUCACCUUCAUCGGGAGGCACCUCUUCCACAAGUACAGGAAGGCCAAGUCCGUCUCAGUGCAUAAGGGCCGGAGAAGAUCCACGCCUCACCUGCGUCUGGAGAGGGUCAGGAGAAGAGCUCGACGGCCCCGCAAGUUUCAUCUCGUGUACUUGGAAAGGAGUCCCAACUACUGCCAGAUGAAUCCCGCGGUGGGCUCGCUGGGCACCGUGGGUCGCAAAUGCAACAGAACUUCGUCAGGGCCAGGUGGCUGUGACCUGCUGUGCUGCGGCCGCGGGUACAACACUCACCAGUACACACGCACAUGGCACUGCAACUGCAAGUUUCACUGGUGUUGUUACGUGCAGUGCCACACCUGCAUGGAGGACACCGAGGAGAACAACUGCAAGUGACCGUCCGUAGCGGGAGGCGGCGAGGCUGUGCUCUCCCGGCAGAGAUUCUUCAUUGGAGGGCGCGAGGGACAUAGUUUCGUUCAGCAUCGACAAGGUUCUUCAGUGACUGCGAGACAUCUCUGAGCGGUGACGUCGUACAAACACUCUGUAAUGGAUGGCAUUGCCUGAAACGCUGUGCUAGGUGGCCCGCGUGUUUACAACAUGGACGCCACCACCAAUGCUCUCUUCUCCCCUGAUGCGCAGACACGAACAAAGGUGAUAGGCUUUCUGCACCAUCAGUGGGUGUCCAGCUAAGGAUCCACACCAGCCAACCCUCAACAAGAACGACUGCCUUGUACCUCCCUAUGUGAUCUGCACGGGUCUGUGUUUUUGUCAGAUGACAUUAGGUGCUGGUGUCUCCUAUGACCUGGCAGCGAAGCAUAAACCAACACACGCCCUCCAUGUAGCGGCGGCCAACACAACGCUUACUCCUGAGGCAGCUGUUGAUGGAACACCAGUUGCAAGUAGUCUGACUAACACUUUUACGAGCUAUAUAAACAAUUUGGAUAUUCGUAAUCAGUGAUCUGUCUUGAGAUUUAUCAAGUGCUGUGAGAAUAUUUGCAUAUCAACGCUUUGCCGUGACGGAGCCUAAACAGUCUCUGCACAAACUGCAAGGCAGAAAGAAGAGCUUUUACAUAUGUUUUUUACAAUAUUUACAUGAAAAUGGUAUAUCUAGAUCUUUUAUUAAUACUCUUGUGAUAUCCCUUUGUGACUCCCUUAGAUAACGUCUUUUGCUGUCACCACGAGUGACCGCCGGUGGAGCGACAUUUCUGACAGACCGACUAAUAUAUUCUAAACACAUCCCGACUUUAGAAACACAUCUACUGCCCUGUGUGUGUGUGUGUGUGUGUGUGUGUGUGUGUGUGUGUGUGUGUGUGUGUGUGUCCGUCCGUCCGACUGCUGCAAUAUUUCCAUGGUCCUCGUCAUUUCAGGGAUGAAGUGAGAUCUUUGCUAUAUUUGGAAUUUUAUUAUAUGACAAAUACAUACAUUCAUUGUUUCGAUAUGUCAUACAAAAGGCUGAUAUUCGGCAAACAACUGUAUUUAC